UUCUUUCUCACGUUUUCUCAUUCAGACAUGAUAUCUGCAAGUUACUUAGCAGUGAGCCAGUGAUUCUAGUACAGACAUGGCUGAAGAAACUGUGAUAUAAUCUACCUGGCGUGAUAGCAGUCCAAGAGACAUAGGACUGAACAUAGUUCAGCUUACAAACAUCUAGAUGCAUACUGUCAAUUUUCAGGACAAAAAGUCUUGUAUAAAACUUGUUCAGAAUUUGACUGGUUAUGCACAAUGUCAAUUUUCAGGACAAAAAUUCUCGUAUAAAACUUAUUCAGAAUUUGACUGGUUCCUGUAUCACAGCAACACAAAAUUUUAACAAAUAAAAUUGAUUUGUACAAGAUAAUUGCUCCUUUGGUUCAGACAGGGGCAGAUGGAUAGCUGCAAGAACAAGAUGAAUAUUAUUUUUGUCUCAGAUGCCUUUGUUAAUAUUUGUGCAUAUGUGCUGGCGCUGCUGGAUGAUUAAACCACAAUUGCCCCUCUUGACCAGAAAUGGACAGAAGGAUGGCUGCAAGAACAAGAUGAAUAUAAUUUCUAUCUCAGAUGCCUUUGUUAAUUUGUCCAUAUGUGCAGGCCCUGUCAGAUGAUUAAACCACAAUUGCUGCUUUUGAUCAGACAGGGACAGAAGAAUGGCUGAACCACCAAGAUGAAUGUAAUCUCUAUCUCAACACCAAGGGAUGCCGGCCUUAGCUCCUCUGAAUAGCUGUUCUUCAGAGUUGGCCUUUGCCUUGCUUUUUUCCUUUUUCUCCCCCCUCGCUCAUUGGGGUUUAUUUGCUUGUUUUUUUCUUGGUUCUCUUGCUUGCACUUGCGCUUCUUGCGCCUUCUUCUUGCGCCUUCUUAAUGAAAAUGACAGUCGCUCAGCGUGUUAAAAAAACAUUUCUUUGUUCAUAUGUGCAGGCGCUGCCGAAUGACUAGACCACAAUUGCUGGUUUUGAUCAGAUAGGGACAGAAGGAUGGCUGUGACACCAAGAUGAACAUAAUCUCUAUCUAAAAGUCCCUCCUUUGUCAUAUGUGCAGGAGCCGCCGGUGGUCCCAACAGCUAGAAACAGUCCUGGUUCGACGAUAAUGAUAUCUUCACUCCAAGUCCAAGGAAUUUUCACUGCACCAUCACAAAGUAGGUACCCCACUAUGGCUGCCACCCCAGAGGAGUUGUUGGGUGUUGUUGAGUCUGCGCCACCACCUGUUUUCCUUGACCUUGCACCGGCGAGCCACGGUGAGUCAAACCAGCCGCAGGAUGACCUGUCCCUGGCAUACAUCUCGCGCCUGCUCAUGGAGGAUGACAUCGUCGACAAUUUCUCCUACCAAUACCCUGACCACCUGAAGCUCCUUCAGGCCGAGCAACCCUUCGCCCAGAUCCUCUCCGCCGGUGCCACCACCUCAUCCAAAACCGAUGAGUCCUUGGCACAUGGUAUGCUUGCCUCUACCUUGCUGCCCAGCAAGGUACAGGAUCCAGCCUUCCUCUUGAAUGGCACAGUCUCAGUGAAACAUAGCAGCACCUUGUUUCCUAUCGAGAGCAGCACCGGCAUGAUCAAGAUGUCGAGCAAUGCAUUCUUCAAAGGCAUGGAGGAGCCCAACAUGUUCUUGCCCAGAGAAAAUGUGAUGGUGCAUGGUAGGGGGCGUAAGAAUAGAUUUGACAUGGAUGGUGAGACAGAGGCAGGCAUGGGCAGGAGCAGGAAGCAAAUAGCUAUGGCGCAUACCGACUCGGAGGAGGAAGCCACUACGGUUGCAAUGUUGGAUCGGCUCAUCCUUAAUGCCUACGACAUGUACCCCAGCGAGAUGCAGGAGGCGUGUGUCACUCUGGACAAGGAGAACAAAGUGGCACAGAAGAGAACUUGCAAGCGUGGGAGGCGCGGUGCGAGGCAGACGGUGGUCACUGACCUAGAAAUGUUGUUGAUCCGCUGUGCAGAAGCAGUGGCAAGCAACGACAAGCGCAGCGCGAGUGAGCUGCUGGAACGGAUCAAGUGGCACUCCUCACCGACAGGGGACGACAGGCAGCGGCUGGCGCAUUACUUCGCCCAGGGGCUGGAGGCACGGUUGGCCGGCACCAGGAGCCGUCUCUAUCGCUCACUUAUGGGUUCACACAAUUCCACGGUGGAGCUCAUGAAGGCCUGCCAUCUGUACGUCACAACCAGCUGCUUCGUUAAGAUGGCGUUGCACUUUUCCAACAAGACCAUCUAUAAUGCCGUUGCAGGGAGGAAGAAAUUGCACAUUGUGCACUACGGUAUCGACACAGGGUCCCAGUGGCCAAAAUUGAUCCGGUGGCUGGCUGACAGGGAUGGCGGGCCACCGGAGGUGAGGAUCACCAACAUUAACACGCCUCGUCCUAAGUGCCGUCUGUCUGAGCAAAUCGAGGAGCCAGAGCACCGGCUCCGCACUUAUGCAAGCAAGUUCGGCAUGUCAUUCAAGUUCCGUGCCAUCGCAGCCAAGCCAGAGGCUGUGCAGGCUGAGGACCUCCAAAUCGAUCUUGAUGAGGUGCUUGUCGUGAACAGCAUAUUUCAGUUCAGGACCUUGAUGGACGAGAGCCUCAGGUUUGACAGGGUAAGCCCAAGGGACAUGGUGCUCAACAAUAUCAGGAAGAUGAAGCCAUCUGUGAUUGUCCAUGCCAUCGUCAAUGGAUCAUACAGCACACCGUUCUUCAUGACGCGGUUCCGCCAAGCGUUGUACUACUUCACGGCGUUGUUCGAUGUGAUGGAGACUGCCAUUCCACGGGACAGCAACAAGAGACUGCUGGUGGAGCGGGACAUCUUUGCUCAGUCCGCCAUGAACAUUAUUGCCUGUGAAGGUGCAGACCGAGUGGAGCGCCCUCAGAACUACAGGGAGUGGCAGGCUCGGAACAACCGGGCAGGGCUCAGGCAGUUGCCAUUGGACCAAGAUAUUGUUCUUAUGCUCAAGGACGAAGCGAAGAAUCAUUGCCACAAGCAUUUCAUGAUCAACGAGGAUCACCAGUGGCUUCUGCAGGGAUGGAAAGGGCGGGUGCUCUACGCCCUCUCGACAUGGGCUGUUGAUGAUUCCGGUGGUUCUGAGAAAUGACAUACAUAUAGACUGUCCUUCAUGCUAAAAUCUUCUGUAGCUGUUUGAAAAAUUACUUCUACACACAUUAUGUUUUGAGUCUGAUGAGU